AUGAGGAUUUUCCAUACAGUUCGGACGUGGGCUAGAAGGACUAUUUGGGGUGAUCGGUUAUUCCUACAAUUCGAAGGACCAGCAACUAUUCUCAUUCAGACGCGAGCAUCUCGAAUAAACGAUUCCCUCACUGCCCAAGAAGUAAAUGAAAUCGCGGAUGCACAGCCAGGUGUUACGAGAGAAGCAAUAGAUGUUGUGCAGGAGCGACUUGAGAAAGACUUGCCUCCACCACCCAAGGAAGAUGAGAUGAAAACUGUUGGUCAAACCUUCGCUGCGGUCCGACGAGACGGCAACGUCGAAUUCAGAAAGGCCGGCGAUGAUUGA